AUGCUAAAAAGAACGAUCGGACAAAAUAAGAACUAUUAUACGCAUUGUAGUUUCUUCUGCAAACGAUAUUUUUCCUCGAGUUUUAAGCUCUCAAAGAAAUCGAAAGAUGAAGGGAAAGAAAACGAACUUUAUUUUGGUCGAUUUACAAAAGCUGAGUACGAUGAGGCGAAAAAGAGUAUUAUAAAUCAAAUAGAACUGCUUGAGAAAGAAAUAAAGGGGGAUAUAAAUGUGCGUGAAAAUAUAAGUAAAAUGCCUAGUUUUCCUGCCGCUUCUAAUGCCAAACAGAUUAAGUUGGAAAAUUUGACGGAUAUUUUAUCGGAAACUAUUAAAACUACGGGACCGAUUUCACUAUCAGCUUUCAUGAGGCAAUGCUUAACACAUCCAAACUUUGGAUAUUAUACAACUAGAGAUCCUUUAGAUUCAAAUAGUGGUGAUUUUAUAACUUCACCCGAGAUAUCAUCCAUGUUUGGCGAAAUGAUUGGAGUCUGGCUCUACAGUACAUUUUUCAAACAGGGAAAGCCAGAUAAAGUCCGCAUUAUAGAGUUUGGUCCUGGAAAAGGCACACUAAUGUUUGACUGCUUGAGCUCGUUCAAUAAGUUAAACAAGAGUAAGGUUAGUAUUGAAAUUAUCCUAAUCGAAGCUUCAACUAUACUACGAAAAGAACAGUGGAAGCUAUUAUGUGGGGAGGAAAAUCUGUUCACAACUGACGAUCAAGGAUUCAAUGUUUCUACUACAAAGUGGGGCCAAAAAAUCAAGUGGAUGGACACUGAAAAGGACAUUGCAAUUAAAAAUGGAAUUACUAACUACGUCAUAGCACACGAAUUUUUUGACGCUUUGCCUAUAAAAUCAUUCCAAAAGACUGAGGAUGGGUGGCGAGAAUUACUAGUUGAGCAUUCACCUAGUGUCAAAAAUACGCAAAUGACUUUGCCGUCCGCCGACAGCGCUAGUGAUAAUGAUCAAAAUUUUCUUCAGACAGAAUUCCAUUUGACCAUGUCUCCUAAAGAAACUCCAUCUUCUAUGUUACCUACGCUAAGUCCAAGGUACAAGGAUAUGCCAGUUGGUAGUCGGAUAGAAAUCUGCGCGGACGCAGAACUCUAUAUUCUGAAAAUGGUACAACUCUUGUGCAAUCAAGAAAAGCUUGGUUCAGUAUUAAUAAUUGAUUACGGCUCGAGUGAAGGGAUUCCAGACAAUACUUUAAGAGGUAUUUUCAAGCACAAAUUCGUUUCCCCAUUUGCUAAACCCGGUGACGUUGAUUUAUCUGUUGACGUCGAUUUUGAGAAUUUAAAGCUCCUUGCUUCAAGGUUCUGCGACGCUUUUGGUCCCAGAGAGCAAGGCGAUUGGCUUCACGAGCUUGGCAUUGGAUAUAGAGCAGAUCAACUUAUAAAGGCGAAAUCUGGAAAUUUCGAUGCACAAGAAAAGAUUUAUAAUGCUUAUAAAAGAUUAACAUCCAAAGAAAAAGACAGCAUGGGAAGAUCCUAUAAAUUUCUCUGUCUCUUACCAAAAGAUUCAGAACUGCCCUUGGGCUUUGGUGGUGUAGUGUGA